AUGAAACUUGGUAGCCAAGGUUUAAAAGGUGUGACUGACAACAUUCGUCACUAUAGAGGUGGUGCUGUAGAUAUCCAUAAACAGAUUGGUAAAUUACCAAAACCAAAAGGUGGGUGGACCUUACCAGGACAUAAAUAUACCGGUCCCUAUAAUGAUCUUGAAAACCAAGUAAGAUAUGAUCCGGAAACUGGUGAAAUAUUAGAAAUUUAUGAUCAACCAACUGGGCCAACUGAUGCUGUGGCUAUGCAGCAUGAUGUUGAUUAUAGUGUUUGUGGUGAUGACCGAAAGUGUAAAAAUAAAGCUGAUAAAAAAAUGGUAAAAUCGUUG